ACGGCGACGACGACUGUGAAUGAAAUAGUUGGAUCUGUCAGUGCCAACUAUCGCGCCGUUCCCGAUGUUACGCGGCGCGCUCAUCUCUCCGAUCUGAUCUUAUCCGCCGCCUCCGUGCGCGUCCUCCUCGUCGUCGUCGUCGUCGUCGUCGUCGUCGUCGUCGGGCGCGUUAAAGAGGUAGCGAGUGGCCGCGAAAAGAGCGAUUACUCCGACCCGAAGGUCGCGGGACCUCGUCGGGGCUCUCGAAAUUCUGAACGCUAAAUCCCCCAAGUGAAUUCGGUUUCUCGAUUCGCCGCGAGGAACCGCGAGAAACGACGGCUCUCGACGGUGAUCGCGAACUGCAAGCGAAAAUUCGUGAAAAGUAAUUUUUAAAGAAGGAAGGAUUCUCUCGCUAAGAAAGCUUAGAAGUUAAGAAAAGUUAAAUCGCGAAACACAAAAGCUUACAAACCUUCGCGAUCUUCUUUCCCCCUUCCCCCCUUCCCUCGCGCGAGGCCUCUUACACGGCCUGCGUACGAUCGUUUUAUUUUCAAUUCAGAAAGGGGUCACGAAGAAGCGCGGCUGGACACACGUACCUUUUAAUUCGACCCUGAGCUACUUUUAUAAUCGUUGAAUUGUUGUAGCAGCUAGACGGGGGGGUUACUUAUUCUCUCCUGAACUCUCUGAAAUUAAGUAUCAGUUUCAGUCACACCUCCCGCCCCGUGGGAGGCACUUCUGAUUUCCCUCUUUUCCCCUCCCCCCCCCCCUCCUCCCCAUUCUUUCCCCUUUUACUUUUUGGUAACUUUUCGUCGAACGUGAGCACGUCGUUUUCACGAAAAGUUUCCGUCGAGCGAUAGCGGUCGGGAAACGACCGAUAACGCGUGUGAAAUAACGACGACGUGAUAACGAUUCCAACGAGAGUGAGGAAGAACGAGAGACAGACGUCGCUAUUAUAAAAUAUAAUUGCAAGCUUAGACGCCGGAGCGGCACCACGAACUUUCGUCGUCUAGACAGAAAAAAAAAUGCAGUUUUUCUUAAUUUAGCUGAUAACUGAUUCCGAACGGUCCAUGUGUUAAUUUACGCAUCUGCAUUCCGAUUGCAUUCUCGGUCCGGUUCUCUCGAAAUUGACCGCCCGAAAUCGGCCUCGUUGGGAGACGAGUAAAAAAAAAUAAGGGUGCAACUACGCGAGGAGUAAGACAAUUGUGCCCCGACGUGAAAGAUUUCGCGCGCGCGAUCCAUCUCUCUCCUCGCAUGGACCAUCGUUCGUCGGCGGAGAUCGAAUGAGUGAUCGUCUCACGUGCGAGAUCGCCGGAAUGCGGAGCGACAUCGCCGCGAGAUCAUCUUCCACGGCCAAGACGACGAGCGAGCGCGUCGUCAUCCGGCGCUCCAGCUGACCAACGUUGGUCAUCAGGCACGAAGAGGCAGGCAGGCUGCUCACCUUUCGUCGACUGGCACGUCGCUGGAUGAUUCACAUUUUGAUUUUCGUCGCGAUUAACAGCAGUUCCUGAAUCUAAUCAGCAAGAAAAAGAAAGCAGGAGCGGGAGGAAGAGAGGGAAGAGAAAGAUAGUCGCUCUCGCCGCGGCAUAAAUUACGUAAUUUACGUUAUUUGUAUCCUGAAAUACAACCGUCGUCGUCGUUGUCGGCGACGCGAGUCUUAUCAUUCUCAAAGGAGAAUGGCGAUAUAUUCGCGACAGCGAGUAUCACGCAGCCUUCAGUAGGAAGAUGAUAGAGGGCCAGGUGCAUCAACAUCCGGUACGAGUGCCGCCCGACAAGCCGCAGCCGCUUCAGACCGCCAAUACCGGCGUCAAGUUCGAAAAUGAGCAAUGUAAGGAGCCGCUGCUUCCGGAGAAGCAGAACUCCCACAGGAUGACCCCGACCGACGGCCGCUCGCGGACGACCUCCGAGUCGAAGGACACCGCGACCGCCAUCACCACCAACACCAGCGGCACGAUGACGACCACCAACGGACAGGCGACGGCGGCGAUGAAUGCCACCACCGAGGAUUGCCUCGAGGUGACCAUCUUCGACGAGGGCGUCGACGGCGGCCGGCUGCCGGACGUCGUCGCCGAGAGCAAGAUCUACGGCGUGACCGAGGAGGACGAGCCGCUCGAGUCGUACUUGGCGAUCACCAUCCAGGUCUUCAUACCCUUCCUCAUCGCCGGCCUGGGUAUGGUCGGUGCCGGGCUAGUCCUCGACCUCGUCCAACACUGGGUAGUCUUCGAGAAAGUCAACGAGCUCAUGAUUCUGGUACCAGCGCUUCUGGGGCUGAAGGGUAAUCUAGAAAUGACUCUGGCGUCGCGUCUUUCUACUCAAGCGAAUCUCGGGCACAUGGACAUGCCGAAGGAGCAGUGGCACAUGAUCGUCGGGAAUCUCGUCUUAAUACAAUGUCAAGCAAUAGUGGUCGGCUUCCUGGGUUCCGUGGUGGCAAUCGUGAUGGGUGCCUUCCGUAACGGCACAGUCUCCCUGGACCAUGCCUACCUAUUGUGCGCCAGCAGUCUGGUCACCGCAUCCCUCGCGUCCUUCGUCCUGGGCCUUAUUACCGCGGGCGUCAUCGUUUUCUCCCGCCAUUGCCACAUCAAUCCGGACAACGUGGCCACGCCGAUAGCCGCCAGCCUCGGCGACAUCACGUCGCUGGCACUCCUCUCGUGGAUCGCCACCAUACUCUACGAAUCCAUAGACAAGCAGGACUGGGUGGCGCCUCUCGUCAUAGCCUGUUACGUCCUCGUGACGCCGCUCUGGGUAUGGAUCGCCAAGAAGAACAAGUACACCAACGAUGUGCUCUACUUCGGCUGGACGCCAGUCAUGGUGGCCAUGUUGAUCAGCAGCUGUGGCGGCCUUAUACUGGAGUUCAUGGUGUCGCGCUUCGAGAACCUGACGGUGUUCCAGCCGGUCAUCAACGGCGUCGGCGGGAACCUGGUGGCCGUCCAGGCCAGCAGGAUAUCAACGGCGCUUCACAAACAAGCCGAGCUCGGCACGCUACUAAUCCCACCGGGCCAUACGCACCCAGUCAUCUUCAUCACUCCAAUUGCUAAUUUUUUCGGGAAAGGUAUGCACGCCAGAACCACGAGAGUCCUGAUGACGAUGGUGAUACCGGGCCACAUCAUCUUCAUUUACCUGAUCAACUACAUGAAGGACGGCAACACGUCGAUGACGCCGCUCUUCGUCUUCGUUUACCUCUGCGCGGCGAUGCUGCAGGUCGCUGCGCUCCUCUACAUCGCCUACAUAAUGAUCCACUGGAUGUGGAAGCGAAAGAUCGAUCCCGACAACUCGGCGAUCCCGUACCUGACCGCGAUGGGUGACCUGCUCGGGAUCAGCCUGCUGGCGAUUGCCUUCCAAUUUCUGUACCUGGUCGGAGAUCAAGAAUUCGACGCGCCCUGACCGUAGAAGUCGCAAAUUAUAGCGUUCUCCGGCGGGCAGGACGCACAAGUUAGAACUGUCGGACCGAAAGGGCAUUCCUUUACGAGGCUGUGGUCGUCUGAAAGUAUAUUCCAUCAAAUCCAAUCGUCGAUCUGCCAGUCCGCCGACGGGUCUCACGGACGGACGGUCGCAACGGUAUAUUAAUAAUUCAUCACUUAUACCCCGCAGUUCGUUCAGGAGGUUAAUUAAAAGGCCUGGUAUCGAGAGAGCUGUCGUUCGCAUUUGGUGAAAAACCGGUCGAAUUAUCUCCGUUAUCUCCCCGAUGCGAGCAUCUCGAUACUUAAAUAAUUCAUUAAUUUUUUACAAACGCAAAACCCAAGUGGCCGAUCGUUAGUACCUUGUCUAGCCGAGCGGGCGCGUACUCAGGUUUUAAUUAGCUACUAAUGUAUCAGAAGGUAAUACGAAAUCGGUAGCACGUGGCAAAUUAAUUCGUCGACUAUCUAUAGAAAUUGUAUUUUGACAUAUGGAAGCAUAGGAUUUUUUGCGAAUCACCCUAUCUCCGGAAUUCUAGUCUCCUGAAGUUCGAGAAUUAUUAUAAUUUCCUCGGCCGAGGAACGACCGAAAAACGGACAUUUCAUUGAUUACUUUACCGAGCAACGGCGAUAAUUUUGCGGGUUUCCUCGACAAUAUGCACAUGUAUCUGAUGAAAUAUAUCUCUCGAACCCGAAGCCUAAGAUUCGCUAGUCUCGGAACUUAAGGACCUCAAGAUUCUGGAGAAUAUACAUUCCUCAGUAUUACGAGUAAAAAAAGGAUUGAAGAACGGAGAUGCGUCGUGGUUUUUUUUUCCAGGAAUAACUUACGAAGUUGCCUGUUAAAUUACAAUCGCGGGAAUUGCGGUGACAAUUUAAUUAUUAGGAUUCCGUAGGUCCGUAGUUCGCUCUCAUUCACGGGCUCGGCGAGAAAUUCCUGAUUCUUCCACGGAGCGCGCGUAAAAUGGAAACACGUGUAGUCGUAAUACCAACGCGUAUGUGUCUUCGAAUAGUUGCCUUCGUAUACGACAAAAUUUAGAUAGGUAUUUAGAAGCUGCCACACGACCUAUUUUUGAAGCUUCGAGAGGCUUUGGACGGAAGCUCUCGGAGAUUUACUCGGAACAAUCGCCACAUCAAGUCCGUACUCUUAGCUCUUGCGGUGCGUUUAAUCGGAACUCGGUCUUCCUUAUGCAAAUAACCCCGCGACUUUUUAAUCUUCUGAAUUAUAUCCAUGCGAAACAUAUUUCGGUUCUGGAGAAUAAUCGCCCACGAAAAGCAGAACGUAUUGUCGAGCUAAAAAUUCGGGCUGAUGACGUAAAUCAUUGUGAAUUACAAGAGCCGGAUUUCUCAAAGAUUCGAACGGAUUCUGAAUAAUUUAUAGAGAAAAAUUGGAGUACACAAACGUGCGAUGAUCGAAGCUUAGUCUAAGGCUGACAUAGAGACGAGUUGCGCAGUUGUUAAGAAAAUUAGUUUACGAUUUUUUUAUUCGACCGACUGUAUUAUUAGCCAAUUGGAAAGUCCACGCAAAAGGAUAAGCCUUAGCAAAACUGCGCACAAAGAGCAUCGUUUCGAGGGGAGAUAGUGAUGGGCGACAUUAGGAAAUCGCAUUGCAUUUACGAGGUAAUGUCCUGGUGGAAAUUUUCUUAGAAUUCGUACAAUUCUUCAUGUAAUAUUUCAGAAUUUCUGUAUAAUUUUAAGAAAAUCUUGGAUUUUUUAUACGAAUGGAAAACAUUUUUCAGAAGUGUCGAAGAAAAAAUCUAUAUAUUUCUUAUAAAAUAUUUUAUAAAUAAAUUUUUCAAGUAUUUUCUGAUUUGUUUGAUAAUUUCCAAUGAAAGGUUAGAAAUCCGAAGAAGUUUAAAAUAUUUCUUCAGAAUUCUUUGUUCGUAACAAAAAUUUAUAAAAUUGAGAUUCAAAUUAGAAUGUAAAAAUAAAAUUCGCAAAUUCAAAAUACAUAAAAGUUUAAAAAAAAUAUAUAACAUAUUACGUAAGAAUUUUUUCACCAGGAGUGAGCGACUCACUUCGUUCGCCCUGACGCGAGUACAACACGCUUUUGUGUUCAAAGAGGUUUUCGAGCGAUACUUCAAUCGAUAUUGAUUUCGCUCGGUGCGCCUGUCGCAGUUCAUGCGGAUAAUACGCUGUAAUUGUAAAUUAGGAUAUUCUGAAGAGGAAAGGGGAAGAAGAGAAACGAAAAGGCGCCGUCACAUUUCCGUGUACAUAUUGCCGUGUAUCACGUACGUGUUUUACGUACGCUAACGUAUAUUAUAGGCGCGCAAAUUCGGGACUAAUAUUUAGUCCCCGCGAUAGGAAGGUGAGGAGGGAUUCACGUCCAAGUCGACAUCGCCUUUCGGCCCACGUUCAGUAUUAUCGCUUUUACGAUAUGUUGUGCCUGUGGAAUCGCCGAGACACGGCACGGUACUCCGAUUCCGACGACGGAACGGUGCCCGCUUCCUCGGCACCGUGUGUCUUCUGCGUUCGAGUCGAUCCGAUUGAGUCGGUGCACGGUGCGACUUACGCGAGUAAAAAAAAAAAGAGGAAGAAAAAAAAAGAGAAUUGGGAUCACGGCACGGUGCGUUGCGGUCGCGUGAUUUAACAGUGCGUGAAUUCACUUGAGGUUUUAACUGUCGAGAAUCAUGUUCAUCUCACAUUUAGUGUCGCUUUAUGAGUUUUUCGUCGGAGUUGACUACGAUAGAAAUGUAAAAGGAAAUCGGAAAAGGGAAAAAUACGCUCGCGGAAAAUUCGCGUAGGUACCUUGAACACGCUUAUCGCUCGUAGCAUCAUAUAUAGGGAUCGUUAUUCGUUUUAUUUUAUAUAAGAAGCAGCAUAUACAUGUUUUUUUUUUACACGUUUGUUAGUUCUCUCGAUGAUCGUAUCACACAUGAGAAGACGUGCUUUGAAUACGCAGACAAUAAAUAUACAAUCUGGAGAACGGACGUUCGAAGUAUUUUGUAUGUGUAAAAGCGGAAUUUAUAUGAUUCCCCCUCUGUACAAGGCAGACCUUUUGCAAAUAAAAAUGAUAAAAGAAGACGAUAUUUUAAACCACUUUACUCUCGCGCUGCUUGCGAAAAAUUUUUAAGGGCAAACGAAAUAUCAUGGAAGAGAACGCGAAUGCUACCACUCGAUCGCUCUCAUCUCGACGUAAAACAAAGACAAAGUAAUAGUUUAUUAAACUUUAUCCGUAGUCCGAAACAGCGUUUGUUUCGUAAAUUAGAAUGACGAACGCGCAGACAAUAAUUAUUGCACACAAGCCGGCGAAAGGGGAGGGGAAAUAUUUUGUAUACGAGACACCGUGUGUUCUUGCGAACAAUAGAAUUGAACUAAUAUACUUCAUCAACGAGGAGAUCGAGCAGCGUGCUUCGGAAAUAAUGUUCCUGUCUACGUUAAGUCUACGUUUUUAAAAGUAUAGAAAAGAAAUGUGGAAGGUUAUACCUGGCGAUAUCUGUAGUCAAUUACAUACGCAUUAAUCACGAGAAAUUCCACGAUGAAGAGCAGCGUAAUGCAUGGGAUAAUCGCGCCGACAAUUGCCCGACGCGUCCAGCUGAAAUCAUUAACUGUUAAACACGAAAUGGUCGAGCAGCAUAAGUAGUCGAGAAAUAUUUUGACGUAGAUCUCACCGAGAUGUGUAAUUUUGUAAAAUAUGUACAAUAAAAACGUAUAAAAAAAU